AUGAAUCCGGAGAAGGAUUUCGCGCCGCUCACGCCCAACAUCGUGCGCGCCCUCAAUGACAAGCUGUACGAAAAGCGGAAGGUGGCAGCGCUGGAGAUCGAGAAGCUGGUCCGGGAGUUCGUGGCCCAGAACAACACAGUGCAGAUCAAGCAUGUGAUCCAGACCCUGUCUCAGGAGUUUGCCCUGUCUCAGCACCCCCACAGCCGGAAAGGGGGCCUCAUCGGCCUGGCCGCCUGCUCCAUCGCACUGGGCAAGGACUCGGGGCUGUACCUGAAGGAGCUCAUCGAGCCGGUGCUGACCUGCUUUAAUGAUGCGGACAGCCGGCUGCGCUACUACGCCUGCGAAGCCCUCUACAACAUCGUCAAGGUGGCCCGGGGCGCGGUGCUGCCCCACUUCAAUGUCCUCUUUGAUGGCCUGAGUAAGCUGGCUGCUGACCCAGACCCCAAUGUGAAGAGUGGAUCUGAGCUCCUCGACCGCCUUUUAAAGGACAUUGUGACUGAGAGCAGCAAGUUUGACCUGGUGGGCUUCAUCCCCUUGUUGAGGGAGAGGAUUUACUCCAACAACCAGUAUGCCCGGCAGUUCAUUAUCUCCUGGAUCCUGGUUCUGGAGUCUGUGCCAGACAUUAACCUGCUGGAUUACCUGCCAGAGAUCCUGGAUGGACUCUUCCAGAUCCUGGGCGACAACGGCAAAGAGAUUAGGAAAAUGUGUGAGGUGGUUCUGGGAGAAUUCUUGAAAGAAAUUAAGAAAAACCCCUCCAGUGUUAAGUUUGCUGAGAUGGCCAACAUCCUGGUGAUCCACUGCCAGACCACGGACGACCUGAUCCAGCUGAUUGCCAUGUGCUGGAUGCGCGAGUUCAUCCAGCUGGCCGGCCGGGUGAUGCUGCCCUACUCUUCUGGGAUCCUGACUGCAGUCUUGCCCUGCCUGGCCUACGAUGACCGUAAGAAAAGCAUCAAGGAGGUGGCCAAUGUGUGCAACCAGAGCCUGAUGAAACUGGUCACCCCUGAGGAUGAUGAGCCAGACGAGCCGAAGCCAGUGGGACAAAGGCAGACAGAACCCAACCCCGAUGACUCCCUGCCAAAGCAGGAGGGGACAGCCAGUGGAGGUCCCGAUGGUUCCUGUGAUUCCAGCUUUGGUAGCAGCAUCAGUGUCUUCACCCCACCCAGCACUGAAAGGGCUCCAGUGACCCUUCACCUCGAUGGGAUAGUGCAGGUCCUGAACUGCCACCUCAGUGACAUGGCCAUCGGGAUGAUGACCAGGAUUGCAGUUCUGAAGUGGCUUUACCACCUCUACAUCAAGACUCCCCGGAAGAUGUUCCGGCACACAGACAGCCUCUUCCCCAUCCUACUUCAGACACUAUCGGAUGAAUCCGACGAGGUUAUCCUGAAGGAUCUGGAGGUGUUAGCAGAAAUUGCUUCAUCCCCCGCAGGCCAGACAGAUGACCCAGGCCCACUCGAUGGCCCUGACCUCCGGGUCAGCCACUCAGAGCUCCAGAUACCCACCCCCAGCAGAAACAGCCUGCUGAACACUCCUGGUACCAGAGGCUUAGAGUGUUCUCCUUCCACUCCCGUCAUGAAUUCCUACUUCUACAAGUUCAUGAUCAAUCUUCUCAAGAGGUUCAGCAGCGAACGGAGGCUCCUGGAGGUCAGAGGCCCUUUCAUCAUCAGGCAGCUCUGUCUCCUGCUGAACGCUGAGAACAUCUUCCACUCGAUGGCAGACAUCCUACUCCGAGAGGAGGACCUCAAGUUCGCCUCGACCAUGGUCCACACCCUCAACACCAUCCUGCUGACCUCCACAGAGCUCUUCCAGCUGAGAAACCAGCUCAAGGACCUGAAGACUCUGGAGAGCCAGAACCUGUUCUGCUGCCUGUACCGCUCCUGGUGCCACAACCCGGUCACCACAGUGUCACUCUGCUUCCUUACCCAGAACUACCGGCACGCCUAUGACCUCAUCCAGAAGUUCGGGGACCUGGAGGUCACUGUGGACUUCCUCACAGAGGUGGACAAGCUGGUGCAGCUGAUUGAGUGUCCCAUCUUCACAUACCUGCGCCUGCAGCUGCUGGAUGUUAAGAACCACCCGUACCUGAUCAAGGCCCUCUACGGCCUGCUCAUGCUGCUGCCCCAAAGCAGCGCCUUCCAGCUGCUGUCCCACCGGCUCCAGUGUGUGCCCAACCCUGAGCUGCUGCAGACCGAAGAUAGUCUGAAGGCAGCCCCCAAGUCCCAGAAAGCCGACUCCCCCAGCAUCGACUACGCAGAACUGCUGCAGCACUUUGAAAAGGUCCAGAACAAGCACCUGGAAGUGAGGCACCAGCGGAGUGGGCGUGGGGAUCACCUGGACCGGAGGGUUGUCCUCUGACAGGCCUGGCAUGGAGAAGGGCCCAACAAGUGGUCCCAUGAAGCACUCAGGGUCUUCAGACCCCCUCCCCAAGGAGCCCAAGGACCUGCCUCUCGGGCGGGACGGGGCCCAAUCACCAGCCCAGGGCAUGGUGUGGGGGACAGAGGCUGCUCUGUCCUGCUGAGCUCCUCUCACAGCCCAGCCCCACCCCCAGGCCCCCAGUGCUGUCAGCUGCACCCCAGCAUUCAGACAGCUGGCUUCUCACCAGGGUGGGGCCACAGCCUCAGACGCCACCCAGGCUCUGGAAUCAAUCUCUUUCUAAUACCCUCUUGCAAAAAGAGCUUGCCCUCCUCAGCCUGCCAGAGCUCUGGUCUUGUAUAUACACAUGUGAACAUGUGUGUAUGUACGUGUGUGUGUACUUGUAUGCACAUAGGGACCAGCACAAGAUCUUUUCUGAACGAUGCUCGUGCACACACAUGCCCCAAUAAAGAAAUGACAGAAAACCCUCAA